AUGCCUGUUGUUGGAAUACCAAAAAGUCACAGUAAAUACCGUAAUCAAAAGACAUUCGAAAUAACUCCUGCUUUGUACAGAGUUAGAUCCCAAUACUUCAACCGUAAUCUUAUCGGAUUCUUUGCCGUUACAGCUAUCCCAUUAGGAGUUUAUUUAUACACAUGGAAAAUGUUGACUACCGAUGAUUUAUCAGAUAUUCCAAUUCCUCCAAUCUCCGACGAAGAAUUAUCCAAGUUGAAGAAAGAGUACUCUUCUAAAAAGUAG